AUGGAAGUUGUAGGCUCAGCUAUGUUCUCCUUGGCCCAAAAGUUGAAAGUUUGUAGACAUAGACUAGUUCAAUGGCAGAAAACUCACAAAGCAAACUCCCGGAAAGAAAUUGAGGACCUUCAAGCUAAACUAGAGGAGUUGCGGGUGGCUGGAAUCAAUGGGGAGGAGGAGGUUACCAGUUUGGAGGAGAAGUUGGAGCUGGCAUAUUUGAAAGAAGAAAGCUAUUGGCGAGAAAAAUCUAGAGUCAAGAUACGAAGGAACAGAAUUUGGAAAUUAGUGGGGAGGGACAAUGAGAUUGCAUUGAAACCGGAGGAUAUUGCAAAGGUAGAUGAAGACUAUUUUUACGAUAUUUUUACUUCUUCUUGUUCGGCUGAUCCGAAUCCAUACUUAGAGGAUUUGGAGCCUAAGGUUACAGCUUCCAUAAAUCGUAGGCUCCAAAGGCCAGUAACUAUGGACGAGGUCAAAAGAGCUACAUUUAGUGUUCACGCUCAGAGUGCUCCUGGUGAUGACGGGUUUACAGCUAAGUUUUUUCACUUUUUCUGGGAUAUAGUUGGAGGUGACGUUUUUAAGGCAGUGAGAAGUUUCUUUCGCAGUGGCAGAAUUCUAAAAAGCUUCAACCAUACUCAAAUUUGUUUGAUUCCAAAGGUGCCAGAUGCCAAUGACAUGACUCAGAGCGCACCUAAUACAAGCCAAAGUAUUCUAGAAUUGCUAGAGAUCUAUGAGGGUUUCAGUGGACAAAAAGCCAAUUUGAAUAAGUCGGCUAUCUUUUUCAGUCACAACACACCUCAGAACACAAGACUAGCAUUUGCUCAGACACUAAAUAUUGAACAUAUCGGAGCACAAGACAAAUACCUGGGACUGCCCUCUAUAGUUCAAAAAUCAAAGAAAGCAACCUUUGGAGCUAUCAAGGAUAAAGUUCAGAAGAGGAUUAUGGGUUGGAAAAGAAGUCUAUUGUCAUCAGGUGGCAGGCACACGCAAUUGAGAGCGGUGGGGGAGGCGAUUCCUAUUUAUACACUCUCUUAUUUCAAGCUCCCGGACAUGCUGUUGACUGAGAUUCAUAGCAUGCUCUCGCAAUUUUGGUGGGGUCAAAAAGGCGCAGAACAAAGAAUAGUUUGGAUUAAAUGGGACAUAAUGACGAGACCGAAGAAAGAUGGAGGGCUGGGGAUUAAGGACCUAAGGGCGCAAAAUUUGGCUUUAUUGGGCAAACAAUGUUGGCGUCUAGUAAAAUACUCUAAUUCUACUCUAUCAAGAAUGCUCAAAGCUAAAUAUUUCAGAUAUACAUAUUUCCUAUAUGCAGAGAUAGGAAGCGUACCGUCGUGA